CAUUGGGCCACAGAGCACAGACCAAGCAGCUUCUCGGUGGAAGCAGCAGCUUCUCGGUGUCUCUGUUCUGUUCAUAGUUCGCGUACUCUGCCAUGGCCUACGCCACCGCCUCCUUCGUCGUCUACGGCACCAAUCUCGCCAUAAAACCCGCUUCAAGGAGAAGCCCAGCCGGUUCGGCUGGCCGCCGCCCCAUGGUCGCCGUCGUGCGCUGCGUCUCGACCAGGAUGGAAACCGGCAACCUCGUUGUGGAUCAAUUCGACCUCAAGGAGUACAUGGCGGAGAAGGGUCGCAAGGUGAACGAGGCCCUCGACCUGGCCGUCCCCCUCCGGCACCCGGAGGUGAUCCACCGCUCCAUGCGCCACUCCCUCCUGGCCGGCGGCAAGCGCGUCCGCCCUCUCCUCGCGAUCGCCUCCUGCGAGCUCGUCGGCGGCGACGAGAAGGCCGCGAUGCCCGUGGCCUGCGCCUCGGAGAUGAUCCACACCAUGUCGCUCAUCCACGACGAUCUCCCCUGCAUGGACAACGACGACCUCCGACGCGGCCAGCCCACCAACCACGUCCUCUUCGGCGAGGACACAGCCAUCCUCGCCGGCGACGCCCUCCUGUCGUUCGCCUUCGAGCACGUCGCCGUGAGCACCGUCGGCGUGGCGCCGGAGCGCGUACUCCGCUCCAUUGUUGAGCUCGGGAACUGCGUGGGAUCCGAAGGCCUGGUGGCCGGCCAGAUUGUGGACAUUUCGUGCGAGGGGAAAGUGGUGGACAAGGACGUGCUCGAGUACAUCCACAUCCACAAGACGGCGAGGCUGCUGGAGGGAGCGGCCGUGUGCGGGGCCAUAGUUGGCGGCGGCGACGAGGAGGAGGUGAAGCGGAUUCGGAGCUACGCCCGCUGCGUGGGGUUACUGUUCCAGGUGGUGGACGACAUCCUGGACGUGACGAAGACGUCGGAGGAGCUGGGGAAGACCGCCGGGAAGGACCUGGCCAGCGACAAGACCACCUACCCCAAGCUGCUAGGCCUCGACGGCGCCCGCGAGUUCGCGCAGUCGCUCGUGAGGAAGGCGGAGGGGGAGCUCGCCGUCUUCGACGCCGCCCGCGCCGCGCCGCUCUACCACCUCGCCCGAUACAUAGCCUACCGCCAGAACUAGUUGAUUUCGAUUUCGUUACGCCCGUUGACUUUGAAGUGGUCGGAUGACAGUUGUUGAAAUAGAAACGUGAGACUUAGUCAACUAGAGCGGGGAAAAAUUGUGGAACAAUAAAAGUUCAUCACACCUGUUUACAUGGAAUUAUAACACUUGUUAAAAUUCUUAUUUAUUCAUUGAUAAAAAUGGAACUUAGCGUAUUGAUAUGA